CCUCACUCUUUGCCAUAAUUUUUUUCUUUGGCAUGUAUAAAAUGAUUAUUGGUCUUUUGGUUCCCUCUAGUGGACACUCGCGGUACUACACUUCCCUGCACUGCACUGUCAUGGCGGCGCCCAUUCGUCUCAUAUCGAGGUUGACAUUAGUGACCGGAGGGGGAAGUGGCAUCGGCAGGGCAGUGUGUCAGAGAUUUGCCACCGAAGGAGCGUCUGUAGUUGUGGCUGACCGCAAUGAGGAAUCAGCCAAUCAGACCCUGGAACUCCUGUCACGUGACCACAAAGGACAGGAGCACAUGGCUCUAGGGGUGGACGUGUCAUUGAAGGACAGUGUGGAGAAUUUAGUGUCAGGUAUUCAGAUGCGUUAUUUUCAGCCACCUUCAGUGUGUGUGAACGCUGCUGGUAUCACUCAGGAUGAGUUUCUUCUCAAGAUGGAGGAACAGGAUUUCGACAGAGUCAUUGAUGUUAACUUGAAGGGAACCUUUCUGGUAACUCAAGCGGUCUCUAAAGCUCUGGUGUCUGCAGGGGCUCAGAAGGGCUCCAUCAUUACUGUGGGCAGUAUAGUUGGCAAGGUUGGGAAUAUUGGACAGGUAAACUAUUCAGCAUCUAAAGCAGGUGUGGAGGGUCUCACGAGGACAGCAGCCAAAGAGCUGAGCAAAUUUGGCAUUCGCUGCAAUUGUGUCCUACCAGGGUUUAUCACUACACCCAUGACAGAUAAAGUACCAGAAAAAGUCAUCAGUAAGCUUACAUCCAUUAUUCCAAUGGGAAGGAUGGGAGAGCCUGCAGAAGUAGCUGAUGCAUGUGCAUUUCUGGCCUCUGAUGACAGUCGCUAUAUAACUGGAAUCAGCAUUGAAGUUGCUGGUGGACUUUUCAUUGGCUGAAAACACUCCUCUGUCUUCUGAUAAACACCACUUAAAUCUCCAAACACACGGUGCCUUUGUACUUGUAUAAUAAUUGUCUUUGUAAAAUUGAGUAUUUUAAUUACUGUACAAAUAUUGUAUAAAAUGUAACAAAUGAAAAAGUGAUAUAUUUAUACAAUUGAAGUGUGAAUGUUUAUUUAUACUGCAUUGCAGAAACAAUUAAGUUGACACAGGUAGGAAUGCGUUGAUGUGUGGUUUAAUGGGAACAUUUGGAUCAAAACAACAAAGUCAAAAAAGGUUUAAACAGUUCAAAACCCAAACAAAAUAAACGAAAUGGGUCAGUUUAGAAAUGGUAAAGGGGUUUUAGGGAGAGUGGCUGUACGACAUCCCAUGGGUUUUAAUGAGACGCCUGCUGUUAUUGGUUAAUUGCUGCUUUAAAAUGAA